AUGUCGUCAACCUCUGAGAAGGACAUCAAGUCCCAGGGCGUCAUCGACCCCUCGAUCGAGGUCGAGUACGUCAGCGAUCCCGAGAGGAGCGGCUUUGACCAAGCCGCUACCAAGAGGCUUUUGCGCAAGAUGGACUGGGCUCUCAUUCCCUUCCUCGCUCUGCUGUAUUUGCUGUCCUUCCUGGACCGUACCAACAUCGGAAACGCUCGUCUUGCCGGGAUCGAGACAGACUUGGGCAUGAAGGGUCUCGACUACAAUGUUGCACUCUCCGUCUUCUUCCCCUGGUACGUGGCCGCUGAGAUCCCCUCCAACCUGGCCAUGAAGCGUUUCCGCCCCUCCAUUUGGAUUCCCUCCAUCAUGAUUGCCUGGGGUAUCUGCUGCACCCUUAUGGGUCUCGUUCACAACUACGCCGGUCUCCUGGCUGCGCGCAUGGCUCUCGGUCUUGCUGAGGGCGGUCUGUUUCCCGGCAUUACUUACUACAUCACAAUGUGGUACCGUCGUCACGAGUGCGGUUUCCGUAUGGCCAUUUUCUUCUCCGCUGCUACCGCGGCCGGCGCCUUCGGAGGUCUCGCUCGCGGCAUCGUCGAAAUGAAAGGCGUCGGCGGCAAGCCUGGCUGGGCCUGGAUCUUCAUUCUCGAGGGUAUCAUCACUCUCGCCGUUGCCGUUGCUGCAUUCUUUAUCAUGAAUGACUACCCCGCUACCGCGAAGUUCCUCACCACCGCCGAGAAGGAGGAAGUCACCCGCCGCCUCGAGCAGGACCGCUCCGCUCUCGCCGACGAGUUUGACAUGGCUUACUUCUGGGAUGCGCUCAAGGACUGGAAGAUCUGGGUUCACAUGCUUAUCACCAUCGGAAUUUACACUCCUUUGUACUCCUACUCUCUCUUCCUCCCGACCAUUGUUCAGGGUCUGGGUUACACCAACAACACUGCUCAGCUCAUGACCGUCCCUCCUUACGUCGUAGCGUGCGUCUGCUGUAUCAGCGGAGGCUGGUUGGCUGAUCGUCACCGACAGAGAGGUAUCUACAUGAUCUUCUUCUGCGCUGUGGGCAUCAUCGGCUUCAUCAUGCUUCUCGCAGCUAAGAGCAACGGUGUCAAAUACGCCGGCUGCUUCUUUGCUGCCUCUGGCAUUUACCCCAACGUGCCCCAGGGUGUUGCCUGGAACGGCAACAACAUUGGCGGGUCUGUCAAGCGAGGUGUCGGUAUCGCCAUGCACGUUGGCUUCGGCAAUCUUGGCGGUGCCAUCGCCGGUUUCCUGUACCAGGCCAAGGACAAGCCCCACUACUACCCGGGACACGGCACCCUCCUCUCGACCAUGACAAUGUCCAUGAUUCUCUCCACGUUCAUGACUAUCUACCUGCGUCGCGAGAACGCCCGCCGAGACCGCGAGUACAAGGACCCGAGUCAGUACACCACCGAGGAGAAGGCUGCCGAGCGCACCAAGGGUGACAACGCCACCUUCUUCCGUUACACCGUCUAA